AUGGGCCCCUCAGAUCCCUCCAACAGCUCAGAGGAGGCAGUUUCCAGCAAGAGGACGCCCCCUAGCUGGAGUCUGGGUGACGGCAGCACGGACGUCCACAAGCCGGGGUUUGUCAGUGACAUCACCAAGCACCUGGGUGUCCAGAUCACCCUCAUCGCCGCGUACUCGCUGAUAAUCCUGCUGGGUCUGGUGGGGAACUCCCUGGUCAUCUACAUGAUCAUCCGCUACAGGAACAUGCGCACCGUCACCAACUUCUUCAUCGCCAACCUGGCCCUGGCUGACCUGAUGGUAGACAGCCUGUGCCUGCCCUUCACGCUGGUCUACACCCUGCUGGACGAGUGGAAGUUCGGGGCGGUGCUGUGCCACCUGGUGCCGUACGCCCAGGCCCUGAGCGUCCACGUGUCCAUCCUCACCCUCACGGUCAUCGCCCUGGAGCGCCAUCGCUGCAUCGUCUUCCACAUGGGCCAGCGGCUGUCGCGCCACGCCAGCUUCGGCAUCAUCGCCGUCACCUGGGCGGCGGCGGCCGUCCUGGCGGGGCCGCUGGCCAUCUUCCGGGAGUACCGCUACGUGGAGAUCCCCGCCAUCGACCUGCGCAUGGCCGUCUGCUCCGAGAAGUGGCCCCACUCCACCAACCGGGACGGCGUCAUCUACAGCCUAUCCAUGCUGCUGCUGCAGUACGUGCUGCCGCUGGGCGUGAUCAGCUAUGCCUACGCGCGCAUCUGGGUCAAGCUCAAGAACCACGUCAGCCCCUGCAACCGCAGCGACAGCAUCCACCGCCGCAAGAAGACCACCAAGAUGCUGGCGCUGGUGGUGGUGGUCUUCGCGGUCUGCUGGCUGCCCUUCCACGCUUUCCAGCUGGCCAGCGACCUAGACCUGGUCCUCAAGUUCAAAGAAUACAAGCUUUUGUACACUCUCUUCCACAUCGUGGCCAUGUGCUCCACUUUUGCCAACCCCUUGCUCUACGGCUGGAUGAAUAAGAACUACAGGAACGGCUUCCUCAUGUUUUUCCGCUGCGAGCACAAGCCAGACACCAUCCACCCGGAGGGGUCCUUCAGGACACGGUCUCACCGGGCCCCAACCCUGAACGGGCAAACUGGUGGACACCCUCUUACUGCUGUCUGA